CACAGAGGGAGAGAACCCGUCCUCCCCUCCGUCUAUUUUUACCUCUGCACCCCAUCCUUAUCCCUUCAUCCCACCCUCCGUCCAUCUCCUCCUUUUUAAUUAACCCUCCUCUUCUCCUCCUCUUCCUCUCUCCAUCUCCCUCUGAGUCAUCUCCCCUCCCCCCUCUGUCACACAUCUCACCCCCCCCCCUCCUGUUUUCCUCUCCCUCUCUCUCUCGCUCUGGCUCUCCAGUAUUCUCUCGGUGGCCGUGAAAGGCAGAGCGCACACACGCAGGCGGCAGGAUGUCGAUCGUCAGCAUCGUUGCCAGGGAGAUCUUGGACUCCCGGGGAAACCCCACCGUGGAAGUGGACCUUCGCACGGAGAAAGGUCUGUUCAGGGCUGCAGUGCCGAGCGGGGCGUCCACAGGUAUCUAUGAAGCUCUGGAGCUCCGAGAUGGAGACAAGAGCCGCUACAAGGGCAAAGGUGUUUUGAAGGCUGUCGGACACAUCAAUGAUACUCUGGGUCCAGCUCUUAUAGCCUCUGGCAUCAGUGUGGUAGAGCAGGAGCAGUUGGACAACACGAUGAUCGAGAUGGACGGCACAGAAAACAAGUCUCAGUUUGGGGCGAACGCCAUCCUGGGGGUGUCUCUCGCCAUCUGCAAGGCUGGUGCAGCAGAGAAAGAUGUCCCCCUGUACCGCCACAUAGCCGACCUAGCUGGAAACACAGAGCUGGUGCUUCCGGUUCCUGCCUUCAAUGUGAUAAAUGGAGGAUCUCAUGCUGGAAACAAACUGGCCAUGCAGGAGUUCAUGGUUCUUCCUGUUGGAGCCGAGUCUUUCAAGGAGGCGUUGAGGAUAGGGUCGGAGCUGUACCACACGCUGAAGGGGGUGAUUCAGGAGAAAUACGGCCAGGAUGCCACCAAUGUGGGAGACGAGGGAGGCUUCGCUCCCAACAUCCUUGAGAACAGCGAGGCUCUGGAGCUGCUGCAGACAGCCAUAGAGAAGGCCGGCUUCACAGACAAGGUGGUGGUCGGGAUGGAUGUGGCCGCCUCAGAGUUUUACCGCGAGGGCAAGUACGACCUGGACUUCAAAUCCCCUCCGGAUCCGGAGAGACACAUCACUGCAGAGGAGCUGGCUGACAUUUACCAGGGCUUUGUCAACAACUACCCAGUGGUGUCCAUCGAGGACCCGUUUGACCAGGACGACUGGGAGGCCUGGUCCCGUCUGACAGCCCUGGUUGGGAUCCAGGUUGUCGGGGACGACCUGACGGUGACCAAUCCCAAGAGGAUAGAGAAAGCUGCCGAGGAGCGAGCCUGUAACUGCCUGCUGCUCAAAGUCAACCAGAUUGGCUCCGUCACCGAGGCCAUACAGGCGUGUAAACUGGCUCAAGCGAAUGGUUGGGGUGUGAUGGUCAGCCAUCGCUCAGGAGAGACAGAGGACACCUUCAUCGCUGACCUGGUGGUGGGCCUGUGCACUGGACAGAUUAAGACCGGCGCCCCCUGCAGAUCUGAGAGACUGGCCAAGUACAACCAGCUCAUGAGGAUUGAGGAGGAGUUAGGAGACCAGGCUCGCUUUGCAGGCCAUAACUUCAGGAACCCCAGCGCCCUGUGAAACUGACAGAUAGACGAAUGACUCAAACACACACCCACACCCAAACACACGUGCACGCGGAGACAUAAAAACUGACACAUGCCAAACAGGGAUCGAGCCAUUUACAAAGAACGAUCACAUGAAAAAAAAAAAAAAAAAAAGAAUAAAAUAUGCACUGGACGUAUAGGUAGGGGAAGUGAUGCUGUAUGCACACACACAUGCACAGAGUACGAGGAUGCAACACACGCUCACACACAUGCAGGGGAAUAUUAUAAAAAUAUUAAAAUUUAUAAGCCAGACAUGCACUGUUACUGUAGUUUUAAAGGAAUAGUUCAUGUACAGUCAGAGCACAGACCUGCAAAAAUAAAGAUUAUUGUUGUAAAAACAGAGAGAUACAAAAGUAGAAAUAUUAUAGAAUCAUGUAGACUGAAGCACGCAACUGAAAGAGAUAAAAAUGAAAAAUAAAAAAUGAAUAAAAUUUUCAACACCAAAAAAAACGACAAUGCAUUUGCAGAAAGAAACACAAAACAGACGUUUCAGGGACUGAGUGAAGAAAACAACAAAAACUACACAAACACCUGAACACUCACACACUCAGUGGUGUCACACACUCACCCGGACACUGACGUACCUGCACUCCACCCACUUCUGACCUUCUACCCUAUCUCUCUCUUUUCGUCUCCUUUUUCUUCUCGUCGUGUCCGUUUCUCAGUUUCAAACUCUCUUAAUCUCCCUGAUGUGAUUCUGAUUAUUUGUUCUUCAUGCUCGAAGUCCCAACUCUGUCCUCAAGAAAAAAAAAAAAAAAAAAAAAAAAAAAAGCACUAAACCUCGAGUCCCUUUGUUCCUUCGGUUCUUCCUGAAUGUCCAUAGAAUAGCUGUGUUGAAAAAGAAGAAAGAGAAUUAAAAAAAAAAAAAAACUUACAGAACGCUUGUCAUUGAAAAUAAUGUGAAAAUAUGUGAAAUAAAAAGAUGGUAAUUUACAAUUUCAA